AUGAAUAACGCAAACACCUAUUCUCCACUGUACAGCUCAUAUGAAAACAUUAACAUAUACAAACAGAACAAGCAACUGGGACAUGAAGAUUAUGACACAUCUACGGCCAACAUAUCGUGCGAUUCUAAGGGAAGAAUACUGAUAAAAGAUAUCGAAGAUGAUAAUAAAAACAUUGGAACAAAGAUCAAUGGAAUGACCAACACAAAAAAUGGCAUGAAAAAUACCAACAAAUAUGAAAAACGAGAAGACAUGCCCCCUGUCCAUGUGCAGAUGAAAUCCCAAUCCUUUGCCACAAGUAACCAAUAUGGAAAAAAUUUAAUUAAUGAUAAUAACAUACCAACGAAGAAAUAUUUGUAUCCCAUUUCCGGGCUACGAUAUGGAAAUGUCCUUGGGUCCAAAGACAGUAGUAGCAUGAACGAUAUUCGCUAUGGUUACAGAAAGGAGAGCACCUUGAACAGGAACGUCAAUUGUAAUGGCGCUUACACCACCAAGUACCCUGCGAACUACAUAAGCAGCUUGCGUACUCAGGGCAGUUGUUCUCCAAAUGGACCACAUAACAUGUCCAAUUAUAACCCCCCAAAUAUAGCGAACAACUUUUCGUCCUACCAAAUGCGCGAUGGAAAAGAGAACAGAAACAUACUUAAUGAGUUCAACAAAAAUAUAUACCAGCACUAUAGCAGAAUAGUUCUAGAUGACUACAACAGAAAGGUGCAAGAUCACCAUAAUGUAAAGUACCCAAAUGGGAAAUUUUCAUCAUAUGACAAAAACUACCAUCCAGCUAGCCAUAACAAUAACCAUUCCUUCAUUUCGAAUGCACGCGAAGCAGUUAACUUUUACAGCAACAAUAAUAUUACGCUGAGAAACUAUGUACCAUAUGGUAACAGGAACUUGCAAAAUGACCGUCACAUACGUAGUGGUUCAUUCAUUUUAAGUAGCGACGCACCGAAGAAUACCACCCUACAUAUGUUAAAUCCAACGCAAAACAUAAAAGAUGGAUCGAAAAGAAACGUUUUUAAAAUUUUUAACCGAAAAAAAGAACACAAUAAGAAUUUAACUCCUUCCGUUAAUUCGUAUGACCAUCUGCCAAAUAUUCAAAAAGAACAAAGAAGAAGUCUAUCAUCCAUAAACAGGACAAACUUAAGUUCCACUUCCUUCAGAAGAGACAUAAAUCAACAGGAAACGUCAAAUUGGAAAAGAGAACAAAAUAAUAAUACCUUUAGAAAAAUUUACAAUUUUAUUUUUCCAUCCAGUCCUAGUAAAUCACAAAAUAGUUUUGAUGCCAAUUGUGAAGGAAAUAAAUUUGUCACCUCUCCAAGGGAUUCCUCACUAAAUCACCCCUACCCUAGAUGCAGUAAUGCCUAUAUGCUGAAUAAUAACUCUAAUAAAAAUAAAGUGUUUAAUAUGACAGGAUAUAACCUAUCAGAUAUACAUAACGAUAAGGUUAUUGGCGAUUGUAGCAAAUGGAACUACAAUACUAGCAAUUCCAAGCCCUUUCCGAACAUCAGCUUUCCUUCCCCCAAGAAUUCGGAUCAUUUGAAGUACACCUCUCCUGCAUUUAUCUCAAGGAAAGGGGACGAAAUAAUGUCUCUACGCCGAGAUGAUCAAUUUGCUAAAAUAUAUUCUGCGCAUAACGGAGGAGUACCCAAUGGGAACCCGCAAAUCAGUGUCGUUUCGCAGAAGAAUGCCUAUCAGGACGACCGGCACGGGUACCACGAAAAACUCAUCACGAAUAUUUAUCAGUUCACGGGUGGACUUGCGCAUAAAGGAGGCAAUCAUAAAAAUGUCAUGAAUAAUGGGGUUAAUAGCGCCACUAAUAAUGGAACCAAUAACUGCACUAAUAAUCUUCCGCAAGGAGAAGCAACAUCGCCGGCGGAUGUGUCCAUUGAGGCCCCCCAUGACGGCCAUGUUCUCCAUUUUGACAUAUGCAAGGAUAGUGCAAAAAGCGGAGAUGCCGCAAAUAUCUCCAUCUGCAAUAAGAACCACCAGGAGGGGAAAAAUAGUGCAGUCGAAUUAGCCCAAAAUAAAAACGUAGUAAACGAGCAGAAUCAGCAUCGUUCAACGGAGGCCAUUCAUCCGAGCAGUCACCCCAACAGCCACCCCAACAGCCACCCCAACAACCACCCCGACAGUCACCCCAACAAGGAAAUUGAAAAAAACGAACCCCCCAAAGGAGAAUCGAUGAUGAGUACUGACAAUAAUGCGGCCAAUGAUGCCAGUGAUAAUAACACCAAAAAAAUAAACCAAGUGUUCAAGGAACAAAUGAAUAAUAUAUACAGAACGUCUAUCGAGACGGAGAACAAUUCUAUAAAAAUUGUUAGUGACUAUGACAGGAAGAAGAGCAAGCAGAAUAUAUACAAUUACAGCACAGUCAUACAAAACAACUUCAUUAACGGUUCAGAUAAAAUGUCCAAAAUUUUAGUAGGAAUAAAAAAUGAAAACGGAACUCAAAACAAAAAUGAUGCCAACGUAGAGUUUCUAAAUGUCAACAAAUACAUAAAUAACAUAUUCAAAACCAGCAACAAUAAUUAUAAGUAUGCAGGUAAUAAAGAAGGUGUAGUUAUUGGCGAAUAUGGACAGGGCAACAACACCUCGAAAAAUAAUCCUUUCGGUCAAAUGGACAUUAGAGAGAAUACCAAAUGGGGCAUGCCAAACCAAAAGGCCUUUAAAACAUACCAAAAUUUCAGCCCUAGUGGCGACCACAUAAUGAACGACGCACAUCGCUUACGUGAACUUGAAAAAAAACAUGGAGUUAUAAGUAAUCCCAUUUUAUGCGCAAAUAACAUGACCAAUGGUAUUAACGACAACACGAAACAUUUAAUGACGAAAUGCACUUUGAAUAAAUUUCUGUAUGAACAGAAAAAACAAGAAAUCCAAACGCAUGGUAGGAAGAUGAGUAUUCCUAACACCAUGCACCAUUUUAUGUACAUGAAUGAAAAGGGAUUGGAAUCUCUCCCACUAGCAAACCAUAAAGAAAAUCCAAUUGUUAAACUGCUAAACAGGGGUAACCGAAAUGGGCCAAACGUUGAGAGUAACAUAAAUCUAAUUGAUGGUAAUGCACACAUCGUUAAUAUGAUUAAAAAAAUGCACAAUGGAGGAAACGAGGAUGACUUGCCAGAUAACGUUAUUAGUAAUCAAGGGUACAUAAAACCUGACCACCUUUCCAGGUUAACCCAAAACGAAAUGAAUAAAAAUGUCCUGGGAAAUAUGAAUGAUGUUCAUUAUCAGUACAUAAAGUCCAUCGUCUCCAUGGAUGACAAAGCACAUGCGCCUAUAAAUGCUAAAACGAACUAUCAAGAAAACGAUCCCACAAAGAUGCAUGCCAAUCGGGAGGAACAUCCUAAGGACGGAACCGAACAUGUUGCCUCCCAAAGUGCAGAUGUACAUAACAUAUCACUAAAAAAGGAAAAAAAAAAAAAAUCAGGAAAAAAAAAAAAAAAAAGCUCCCAAAAUGUGCAUUACGAUAUUGAUCAAAUAUUGCAGCUAAAGUCCAAGGUUUAUGAAGAAUUAAACACCUGCCUAAAAUGCAUUAACAGUUUAACCAAAAAUAAAAAAUUAUUUGAGCAGUUAAAAAAGUAUAAGAAUAAACUCGAUAAGAAGGCCCGUAUGGUGGAUGACACCUCUGAUCUAAGUCACUCGGACCAAGCGAACUCCUACUAUACGAUGAGAAAUUCGUGUCUGUCGUCCUUCCUCUGCAAUGAGAACACAAGCGCUGAUGCACAGGGGGUUCAAUGUGCCACGGGCGUCGCUAGUGGGGGUUGCGCAACCAGUGUUGAUUAUCUGGCGAACGCGAAAAAUCCACCAAAGCUUCACCCAGACAAGGGCAUUUCAAACCACAUGGACAACAAGGCCAACGUUGCCACUGGCCCCAGGGACGAGAAGAGCGAACUGAUAAAAAAGGUGAAUCAAACCAGUAUUUCUUCUCUUCCCCUACGAAUUGACAAGAGUAAAAUUUCCACAAAUAAGGAUUGUCCGAAUCAAUUCCAACAUAAACAAAUAGGACUGAGUGAACCUGGAAGGAAAAAAGAUAAUGUGCAUUUCAAUUUGUGCGAUAAAAACGUAUUCAGGGAUGUAGAAAAAGAAGAACGUUCCUACCUGAAGAAUGAAGAAAGCAGAUAUUCGCUGUACGAGGAAGAAUCCCCCAACGUGGGAAAGAGGAAGGCUCUUCUGGUUACUUUAAAUUAUAAUGGGCUGUUAGAAGGUUGUGUGAAUGACACUUUGGAAAUCUGCGAACAUUUAGUAGAGACCUUUAAAUUCAAUGAAUUGAUACUGCUGAAUGAUUGCAACCUUUGUUAUAGAAACUUCGUUGCACAAAAGGCUAGCAAAAGUAACAUCAUUAAUAACCUGUACGAAUUCGUUGUGAAUUCAAACAAUGGAGAUAUUUUAUUUUUUUAUUUCUGUGGAUAUUCCAUCAAAAUAAUUGAUUCAAAGUUCUCACAGAAUAAUAACUUUGCCUUAUUGCCAGAGGAUCAUUCGAAAAAUAAUUAUAUCUAUUCAAAUGAAGUAUUUAAUAUAAUAAAAAAGUUACAAGGAGGGAAACAGCUCUGCAUAAUUUUUGACACUACGUAUACUUCCUAUUUUGUCCCCACGUGUACCACCAUCACAUAUAAUAAGAGCAUUAACUCAAGCGAAAUUUCCAAAAAUGUUCAUUUAGUAAAUACCAAUAAGAAGCAUGUCUAUUCGUUGAAAACCUUUGGCAGGUUAAGGGAUCGACACGUUGAACCCAUUUACGUCGAAAAUUUGAAGAUGCCACUGUCCCAUGAUUUGUAUAAACAGGAGGAGGAAAGGAAGAAGAAUGCGAAAGAUGCCCUCAUCCCCUCCAUCUUUUUCUUCUCCCCUGAUGUGAGGGACCGGGGAGACUUUGAGCUCGUCAUCAGAAAUAGGGUUAGAGGCCUCCUAACCUACUGUAUUGGAAAGGCAAUCGUCGCGUUGAAGAAAGAUUUCUCCUACCACGACCUGUUCAUCGUCGCGUCCCAAGUGCUAGUCAACAUCAAGAAGGAGUAUAAAUUGAAAUACGUAAAGUUUAAGUUAUCCUUCCUGAAUGACCACUCGCCGGAUGAUAUAAAAUUCCUCUCGCACGAAAGUCUACUUCUUAGGAAAAAAGGAAAGCCGGAAGAAGAGCCCCUCUGGAAACCCUCCUUACGAUUAAACAACCUAAAUGAAUAUAUGAAGGACAUUUGCAAAAUCAAGGAGAAAAAAACUCAGGUCGGUUCUUCCAAAAAGUGCUUGUUAAUAUUCAUAAAGGAUAUAAAAUUUGCCGCCCACGUCAAGCUGGAUUCCUCCACUGAGUACUUCGUCAGUUGUUUUCUUAAAUCCAAGGGUCUGAACAUUCUCUACGUCAGGCGAAACAAUACCAAGUGCCAAAAAAUCGUCAGGGAUAAAAUUUUCUUCCUGGAAUACAUUAUCCUAAAUGUGUCCGACCUGGACAAUACUAAGAUUUACGUGGAACUGUUCAAAAAGAAGAACAAAAAUUAUUUCCUCGCCAGGAGCGUAUUACGGAUAAGCAACACGAAUGGAAAUUUCUCCCUAAUGGAUGAAAAGAAAAACAUAAUCGGCAUCAUCGAUUUGAGCAUUAAAUGCGUCUCCUAA